GCCGAUGGCUGACUUCAAGCGCUGGAAAGAGCAACGGCUGUCGCGCGCGGACGGGAGCCGGAAGGGCAGCGUGGACGAGCCCAUCGAGGGGAUUGUGCGCCUUCUCAAUGGCCACGACAGCUUCUGCACCACCAGCUCGUGCUCGGGCCGCGUGGUGGUCUUGGAGCAGCCGCCCCUGCCUCCCGCCGCCGAGGCUACUACCAGCUUUGAGAUACAGAAGCAAAAUUGUAACUGGCUCAUGGUGACCCAUCAGAACUGUACAAUACAAGAUGUGCUUACAGCCCUGCAGAGAGCUACGGAUGAUGCCGUGUUCAAAUUUGAACCAUUUGUACUUCAUGUGCAGUGUCAAGAGCUGCAAGAUGCACAACUUCUGCACGUGGUGGCAAUAGAAGCUGGGUUCAGGAACUCUGGUAUAACUGUUGGCCGAAAAGGAAAAAUUAUGAUGGCUGUCCGGAGUACCCAUUGCUUAGAGGUUCCACUAAGCCAGAAAGGAAAAUUGAUGGUCAAUGAAGAAUAUGUUGACUUUGUGGUUCAAGUUGCCAAUCAGAAGAUGGAAGAAAACAGGAGGAGAAUUGACAGAUUUUAUACCUCUCUACAGUUUGCUUUGGAAAACAGAGAUCAUUCCAGUAGUUCACCUUUGGAGGAGAAAGGAAGGAAUAAUACUGUGGACCCUUACAGAAGAAAAAGAAAAUCUAAAGGAACCAAAACAGAUGAGGACCACACCUCUCCAGAGGAAAACAGAGGGUUAGAAAGUGAAGAUGAGACAGAAAGCAAGCUUAACGUUUUUCACUGAAAUGUGCUGCGAAUAGAAUUAUGUGAAGUAGGCGUAUCCACAUUAUGUUUGUAUAAUGUUUAAUUUUGUACUGCUCUUUGUAAGAGCUUUGCAGAUUAUUGUUCUCUAGAAAGUAGCUGUUCUUAAUGGAGUUUACUGUAGGUAUUAAGUUACUAGCAAAGUAAUGAAGUGCUACAAAAUGUAGGUGAACAUAAAAAUCCCAUGGACUUU